CUACACGAGAAGGGGCAUUUUCGUCCUUUAACCGCAUCCCCCUAUCAAUCCAUCUUCUUCCCCCGUCUCCUCCGCCCCCGUACAAAAGAGGUCGCCGUUCCCCGAGCUCCGAACACGCCCCCGAUCCCCAGAGCUCUCCGCCUCCGCCGACGCCGACGCCGACGCCGAUCCUGACCCUCCUCCUUUGGUUGAUUUGACCUAACCGGAGCGCGGAUCGGGCGAUCGCGGAGUUCGAUCUCUUUGAAAGGGGUUUCUGAGCUCUUCGUGGUUCGGAUUUAGGGUUUUGGCGAUGGAUUCGACGGGCGAGAAGUCGUCGGGAGGUGGGUUCUUCUCCUCGCUCGCCUCCGGCAUGAGGAAUUGGGGUAGCGCCGUGCACAAAUCGGUCAAUGGGUUGUUGGGUUAUGAAGGACUCGAAGUAAUCAAUCCUGAAGGAGGUACAGAGGAUGCAGAGGCUGAAGCUCAGAGAGGAAGGUGGAAGCAAGAGGACCGGGAUAGUUAUUGGAAGAUGAUGCACAAGUAUAUAGGAUCCGAUGUUACAUCAAUGGUGACACUUCCUGUUAUUAUUUUUGAGCCGAUGACAAUGCUUCAGAAAAUGGCAGAGAUAAUGGAGUACUGUCACCUAUUAGAUCAGGCAGAUGAAUGUGAGGAUCCUUACAUGAGAAUGGCAUAUGCUUCUUCGUGGGCAAUAUCGGUCUAUUUUGCUUAUCAACGAACUUGGAAGCCCUUCAACCCUAUCCUCGGAGAGACUUACGAGAUGGUUAAUCAUGAUGGCAUCACAUUUCUCUCAGAGCAGGUCAGCCAUCAUCCCCCCAUGAGUGUUGGGCAUUCUGAAAAUGAGCAUUUUACCUAUGAUAUAACUUCCAAGUUGAAAACUAAGUUCUUAGGAAACUCGUUGGAAGUCUAUCCCGUUGGAAGGACUCGGGUAACCCUUAAAAGAGACGGCGUUGUCUUGGAUUUGGUGCCGCCUCCUACAAAGGUCAACAACCUGAUAUUUGGACGCACAUGGGUUGACUCACCUGGAGAAAUGAUUAUGACAAACUUGACAACAGGGGACAAAGUUGUUUUAUAUUUUCAACCAUGUGGCUGGUUUGGUGCUGGCCGAUAUGAAGUUGAUGGAUAUGUAUACAGUGCUGCAGAGGAACCAAAGUUGCUAAUGACUGGGAAGUGGAAUGAAUUGAUGAGUUGCCAACCAUGUGAUCUCGAAGGAGAGCCCUUACCUGGCACUGAACUGAAAGAGAUCUGGAGAGUAGCAGCUACUCCACCGAAUGACAAGUUCCAGUACACAUACUUUGCUCACAAAAUAAACAGCUUCGACACAGCCCCAAAACAGCUAUUGGCAUCGGACUCUAGGUUGCGACCUGAUAGAUACGCUCUUGAAAAAGGUGAUUUGUCCAAAGCGGGUACUGAAAAGAGUAGACUGGAGGAUCAGCAGAGAGGGGAGAAAAGAAAUCGUGAGGCUAAGGGGGACCAGUAUUCUCCGAGAUGGUUCAAUUUGACUGGUGAAAUCACUCCCACUCCUUGGGGCGACUUGGAGGUUUAUGAAUACAAUGGUAAAUAUACUGAACACAGGGCCAGAAUCGAUAGCUCUAAUUCGAACGACGAGAUCGGCAUCACUUCAAUUGGAUUCAACCCAUGGCAGUAUACUAACUCGCCUGCUGAAUGAGGAGCUCUUCAGGUAGUGAGCUCCCAAUCUCAACUCUUUCAGGCUUUUUCCUUUUAUAUUGCAUGGUCUGUGUUUUCCCGCCACUCUUAUUAUUUAGAUUGAGGAGGUUGUGUAGAGGGUAAUCAGUUUGGUGUAUUUAUAUAUCAUUUUAUUCCUAGCCUAGCUAGUAGAAAUACAAGAUUUUUGUCCGUUCUGCUUGUUUCUUGUACUUUUAUUUAGUCUUUACGCCAUUAUGAUCACCUGCAUUUUUAGUUGAA